CCUACACAUGCAGUUCAGGGUCAAGCGUAUUGGAUGUGCAUAUAAAAGCAAGUGUGCCCCACAUCUGAAACUCAGGAAUCACGACCAAAACACAAACAUGUUCUUGAUCAUCAGUUGCUUUGCUCUUGUGGCCUCUGCAUUAGGGUGUGGAGUGCCUGCUAUCAAGCCCCAAGUGAGUGGAUACAACAAGAUUGUGAAUGGGGAAAAUGCUGUGUCUGGCUCCUGGCCUUGGCAGGUUUCACUUCAGGAUAGCACUGGAUUCCACUUCUGUGGAGGUUCACUGGUCAACCAGUACUGGGUUGUCACUGCUGCUCACUGCGGUGUGAAUCCAUCAUACCACCGUGUGAUCCUGGGAGAAUAUGAUCGCCAGUACAAUAGUGAGCCAAUUCAGGUCAUGUACAUUUCUAGGGCCAUCACUCACCCCUACUACAACUCCCAGAACUUUAACAAUGAUAUCACUCUUCUGAGGCUGUCCUCCCCAGCACAGUAUACUUCCCGUGUGUCACCUGUGUGCCUGAUGUCCUCCACUAGCAGCAUCCCCUCUGGAACCAAAUGUGUCACCACUGGAUGGGGCCGGACUGGAGUAACAUCAAGCCCUCGCUUCCUCCAGCAGACUGCCCUGCCUCUGAUCAGCCCUGAUCAGUGCAAGAGCUACUGGGGUUAUAACAGAAUCACUGAUGCCAUGAUCUGUGCUGGUGCUUCUGGAGUGUCUUCCUGUCAGGGUGACUCUGGUGGCCCUCUGGUCUGUGAGAGCAGUGGUGUAUGGUACCUCACUGGUAUUGUGUCCUGGGGAACCUCUAACUGCAAUGUCUACGCCCCUGCUGUGUAUUCCCGUGUGUCCUACCUGCGCAGCUGGAUCGACCAAACGAUUGCUAAUAACUGAAGCUUAAGACAAAAAUAAAUAAAUCAGCAACACACACAUGUGUAGGCUUCCCUUUAAUAUACUGCUAGCAAAAUAAAUAAGAGCACACCA